AUGGUUCUCCGCUCGUUCUUCUUCGGCUCUCAAGAGAUCUCAGCCAUACGCAGACUCAUCCCGCCCGAACUCGGCGGCCGCGUCACCACGUUCGACCUGCUGGCUUCAUUCCUCUGGCAUUGCCGAACCAUCGCCCUGAACCGCCCCCCAGUUUCCAAAAUGCGACUGGCUAUCGCCAUGAGCCAUAGAGACCGUGAGAGAACUAUCAGAACGACCUCUGGAAUUUGCGUUAAGGCUGGUGCAAGAGGCGAAAUCCAGGGCGACGGAAGAGCAGGCGACCGCCGGCGUUACGGGAUACCUGCUGUGUCCGACGUAAGACGUUUAGGUUUGGACGACGUGGACCUUGGGUGGGGCCCGCCGGUGCACGGAGGGCUGACGGAGGGAGCCCGUUGGGGAAUUAGCUGGCUCAUACCGUGGAAGAACAAGAACAAGAACGGCGAGACCAGAACCGUCGUGCAAGUUAUAUUGCCCGAACCGGCUAUGGAGCGGUUCGCGGAACAGCUCGCUCUUGUCUUCGACACUGACCAAAGCAUCCAGCCGAUAAGGUCUUCGCUCUAG